GCAAAAUAAAAACAUUUUAGAGAUACGAUAUUGAUCGGAUAAAAAUGUAUAUUGGAUCAUAGAAUUUUAAUUUUUUUAACAUUCUUUUUAUUGUAAAUGAUACAUAAUUAAUAAUUAUACAAUUGAACAAAUUAAUUUGUUUUGUUUAAAUAUAAAUUCUACCACGUUUUGUUUUUCUAUUUAUGUUGAUGUGUGUAUGUGUGUGUUUGUUGAUAUCUUGUGAUGAUAGUGAAUGAUUAAAUUCCAUCAAAGUUGAUUAAUUUUGCAUCGGAUCGUAAAAAGUAUUAUCAUUUUUUAAAAAUGAUGUCCGAAAUCGUCCGACGACCAUCUGAACAAUGUUCACCUAAAACUAGUCCUCGUGGUAAUCGAUCACCGGUUGUUAUACCUAGACAGGAUUCUACCGGAACAUUAAAAACAACUAUAUCGCUGGGUAAAACACCAGCAAUCGUUCAUAGUGGACCAUUCUAUCUAAUGAAAGAAUUGCCGCCACCAAGUGAAUUGACUGGUUCAACGAAUUUGUUACAAUAUCAUAACCUUGAACAUUCUUUUAAUAAAUUUUGUGGUCGUAAAAUUAAAGAUCAGCUAAGUGCAUUCCUGCCAAAUCUUCCAGGAAAUAUCGAUAUUCCAGGAUCUCAAGAUGAUAGUUCAUUAAGGAAAAUGAUCGAACGCCCACCAAUCACAUCGAUCGAGAUAGUUCCAUUGAAUAAACAGCAAUUGGAUUCAGCAUUUCGAUUACAUGUUGGUCCUGUACCCGAUCAAUAUCGAUUCAUGAGCCAAACAGUACAACGAAAGAAACAUAAACAUAAGAAAAGUCAUAAAAAUAGAUCUGGUCCAAAUGGACCAUGCGACUCUCCAAUAGGCGGACCAAACGAUCACCAUUCAUCUCAUUUACUUUCGGAUUCCAAUAUAAACUCUGAUCUAUUAUCGUCCUUAUCUUCUAAUCGUGAUUCACAUGAGAUGAUGAUGAAAAAACAUAAAAAACAAAAACGUCAUGAUGAUGAAAAAGAACAACGAAGAAAAAAGAAAAAGGAUAAAAAGAAGAAGAAACGUCAUUCUCCCGAUUCACCACCAUAUGAUCCAAAUACGUCAUUAUUGCCAAUCGAUGAUAGUCCUAUGAUGUCAUCGUCAGUACCAUCAUCUGUGAUGAUCGGUGGUGGUCCAGGAACGCCAUCAAAUCCGACUAGCAAUAACGGUCUAAACUCAACAUCAUCUAACCAUCAAUCAUCUAAUACAUCAAUCAUUGCUCCACAACCACCAACAUCAUCAUCAUCGAUUACCACCAUGCAACAUUCGAGCUCAUCAUCAUUGAACAAUAAUAUCAAUGGUAGUUCGUCAGGGCGGCCAUUAUUGUAAACUCAGCAUAAAACAUCUACAAAUGUAAACUUGAUUGUAUAAAAAAUUCUUAAAACAAAAAUCUG